AUGUCAAUGCUUGCUUGCUUAUCAAAUGGUGGUGGAAAUUUGGCACUCAAACAAAUGCACUUUGGAGGAGAAUCAUUUGUAGUAAAUACAAAAUCGAGCUGCCAAAUCAAGGUGGGGGAUGGCUGUAGAAUUAGAUUUUGGUACGAUAAGUGGUGUGGAUCAACUUGCCUCAAGGAUGAAUUUCCACCCCUUUUCAACCUGUCUGUUGAUAAGGAAGGUUCUCUUCAACAAUUUCUUGCAAGGAAAACUAAUGAUACUGAUUGGAACUUCAACUUCAGAAGAGCCUUGUAUACUUGGGAACUGCCUGAUGUUUCUCGACUGCUUAGCUUGUUGGCCUCUGCUCCCUCUUUAACCACUGGAUGUGUUGAUUGUUUGGUCUGGAACCCUGCUACAGCUGGUUCAGGUCCUUUCUCUGCCUCUUCUCUUUAUUCAUUUAGCACAUCUCUCCUGGGGCCUGAUCUCACCAUAACCAAAUUUAUUUGGUGCAACCCCUUACCCCCCAAAGUCCUUUUCUUUGGAUGGCUAGCCUGGAAAAACAGAGUUAAAACUGCAGUGUUCCUUCACAACCUUGGAAUCCUAGGCUCCAAUACAUCACCUUAUUGCAUCUUCUGCAAAUCUACCCCUGAAUCUGCCAAUCAUGCUUUACUUCAUUGUCCUUUCUCUUGGUCCAUUUGGUCUGCUGUGUUAUCUGGUUGGGGGAUCCAAUGGUGCAUCCCAUACUCUGUAGCAGACUUAUUUAACUGGUGGUUGAGUAGGAAGCUUAGGGACUUUAUUGCCAAAAUUUGGAGAGCCAUUCCUUUUGUUGUCCUUUGGUCUCUUUGGAAGCAUAGAAAUGAUUGCGUAUUCUCUAAUGCCCAUCCUAACUCAGUGGAUCUGUGGGAACUAAUCAAAAUCAGGUUAGCCCAUUGGCUUAAGGCCUCUAUCAAGGACUUCCCCUUCUCAGUUUCAGAUCUAGUUUGCAAUUGGAGGAAUAUUAGGAGCUUCAUCUGA